AUGUCUAUCUAUAUUUAUGUCUAUCUAUUUUUAUGUCUAUCUAUAUUUUUGUCUAUCUAUCUAUCUAUCUAUCUAUCUAUCUAUCUAUCUAUCUAUCUACUAUCUAUAUUUAUGUCUAUCUAUCUAUCUAUCUAUAUUUAUGUCUAUGUAUCUGUAUUUAUGUCUGUCUGUCUAUCUAUCUAUCUAUCUAUCUAUCUAUCGCUAUUUAUGUCUAUCUACAUGAUUUUCUCCAAAAUAUUUUCUACCUAUCUAUCUAUCUAUCUUUAUUAUUUUGUAUGCUAUCUGUCUAUCUAUCUCUUUAUUAUUUGGUAUGGCAUCUAUCUAUCUAUCUAUCUAUCUAUCUAUCUAUCUAUCUAUCUAUUAUUUCGGAUGCCAUCUGUCUAUCUAUCUCUUUAUUAUUUGGUAUGCCAUCUAUCUAUCUAUCUAUCUAUCUAUCUAUCUAUCUAUCUAUCUAUCUAUCUAUUAUUUCGGAUGCCAUCUGUCUAUCUAUCUCUUUAUUAUUUAAUAUGCCAUCUAUCUAUCUAUCUAUCUAUCUAUCUAUCUCUUUAUUUUCGGAUGCCAUCUCAUCUAUCUAUCUCUUUAUUAUUUUGUAUGCCAUCUAUCUAUCUAUCAUCUAUCUAUCUAUCUAUCUAUCUAUCUAUCUAUCUAUAUCUAUUUAUUGCUGCCAUCUGUCUAUCUCUUUAUUAUUUAAUAUGCCAUCUAUCUAUCUAUCUAUCUAUCUAUCUAUCUAUCUAUCUAUUAUUUCGGAUGCCAUCUGUCUAUCUAUCUCUUUAUUAUUUGGUAUGCCAUCUAUCUAUCUAUCUAUCUAUCUAUCUAUCUAUCUAUCUAUAUCAUUUUGUAUGCUAUCUGUCUAUCUCUUUAUUAUUUAGUAUGCCAUCUAUCUAUCUAUCUAUCUAUCUAUCUAUCUAUCUAUCUAUCUAUCUAUUAUUUCGGAUGCCAUCUGUCUAUCUAUCUCUUUAUUAUUUGGUAUGCCAUCUAUCUAUCUAUCUAUCUAUCUAUCUAUCUAAACUAUGUGCGGUGGUGAAUCUAUCUAUCUAUCUAUCUAUCUAUCUAUCUAUCUAUCUAUUUAAAUAUGUUCUUUAUCUAUCUAUCUAUCUAUCUAUCUAUCUAUCUAUCUAUCUAUCUAUGUAA